GCAACAUCCCUAUCCCCCUACGAUAUAUAGAUUGAUCAACGCCACGAGAGCGAGAGGAUCCUAUACAAGAAAGGGAUGGCCGCGGCGGCGGCGGCGAUUGCUGCGAGGCUCGGCGCGUGCGGCCGGGCGCUGCUCCUGCGAACGCCUUUGCCCCGCCUCGCCCAGUACAGGACAUGCACGCCGGAGCAGAUGAGAGCCGCCGCAGCCCGUGCCGCGCAAAUCAACAUGACCAAGGAGCAGCUCUUCGACAUGGUCCAUGGCCUUGUUAGUAGCACCCACGAUGUUCCCCACAAGAAGGACCCGCGCAACUUGCUGCUCAUGCAGCAACUCUCCUCGCAGAUCAAGCCUAGACCCAAGGACCCUGUCUGGCGGGUCUGCCGACGCACCGAAAGAUGCAAUACUUUCUUCAAGUUUCUGGGGGUGGCUACUUCUGGCAUUUUGGGCGUAACUGGCAUCCAUGCCUUGCUCUCAAAAGUAGACCCGCAACCAAAUAAGUCGGUUGCUGACUGGUGGAAUAAAGUUACCAGCUAGCUGGAUCGACCAUCUUGCCGACAUAUCUUCGACAAAAAUAUCAGGCUGAAUAUGUGUAUUUCAAGUCUACGGAAUAAAUAUGUUGGUGAUCGCCAAGUGGACUAGCUUUGAGGUUUAUAGUAGUAAUUAGCUUACCUAGUAGGUUUAUGAAAGGACUGUCCAUCUUUUAUCGGUUCCUAAGCCCUAUAUUUGCAUGGUUCCUACCAGCUGUAACAAGUUGAACGUAUU